GCAGAGCAGGUGGGACCAUUGCGAUUCCCAUGACUGACACUAGUCAUCUUACAACACGCUGGGUACACGCAUUGAGGGCAUUAAAGUAAUUUCAUCCCAUUCCAAGGAUAACGUUCUCUUCUGGUAAUUACUUCUCUCUUCUUCCUGCUUUUAGCUUCUAUAAAUAAGAGCCCUUGGAACUGCAUUUCUCUUCACAAAUCCAAUCGAUCAUAUUCAGAUCCCCAAUUUCCCAUCCAUUUUUCUAGCGCGAAAAAAAGAGAGAAAAUGGCAGGAAUCAUACACAAGAUAGGAGAGACCCUCCACAUCGGAGGCCAAAAGGAAGGCGAGAAGCAACACAAGGAAGGUGAGCACAAGGGAGAGCACCAUGGCGAUAUGCACAAAUCCGAACACUACGAAGGAGAAAAGCACAAAUCUGAAGGAGAAAAGCACAAAUCGGAGCACCACGGAGAUGAACACAAGGAAGGAGGGUUCAUGAGCAAGAUCCAUGGUGGUGGUGAUCAUCAUGGUCAUGAGGAGAAAGGUGAGAAAAAGAAGAAGAAGGAGAAGAAGAAGAAGCACGAGGAUGGACACGAGCACCAUGGUCAUGACAGCAGCGACAGUGAUAGCGAUUAGAUCGCUCGCUCGCUUUAUACUUCUUCCCCUACACUACUUCGAAGGUCGGUUUGACUCUGAGGAGAGCUACAAAUAAGAGGCCAAUAGAGAUUGGUGUGGUGGGAGGGAGAGAAAUAAAAUCUUGCUUAGUGUUAUGAGAUGUUAUCGGUGUGGGUGUGAAUGUAAUGUCUACAGAUGAUGUGACAUAUAUAAAUUAAGAAAAAUAUUAAUGAAAUGUUUCUCUUCUGUUUAUGGUGA